CCUCACUUCCAUACCAAAGCACAUCAGCUCUUACCUACAUCAUCAACAGCCCACCCUCAACAAACACUUGCCAACCAACCAUCAUGAAGUUCCUCAUUCCCCUCUUGGCGUUGAGCUUGGCCUCCGCAACGGUCAUCCCCGUUCGUAAGUCCGAGGAUUUUGAGUGCAGCCGAUGAAGAAAACUGUCACUGACUCUUUUAUAGGAAGCAGCAUGGGACUUGUCGCGCGCGAUGAUGUUGUCGAGGGUGACUACGGCAAAGUCAAGCGCGACGAUGUUGUUGAAGGCGAUUAUGGCAAGGCCAAGCGUGAUGAUGUCGUUGAGGGAGACUACGGCAAAGUCAAACGCGACGACGUGGUCGAGGGUGAUUAUGGCAAGAUCAAGAGAGACGAUGUUGUCGAGGGAGAUUACGGCAAGCGCAGCGAUGUUGUCGAGGGGGACUACGGCAAACGCAGUGAUGUCGUUGAAGGAGACUACGGCAAGCGCAGUGAUGUCGUUGAAGGAGACUACGGCAAGCGCAGCGAUGUUGUCGAAGGAGACUACGGCAAGCGCAGCGACGUGGUUGAGGGCGACUAUGGCAAACGCUCCGUCUAAAGCUGCAACCAUCGGCACCGGCCUGCUGCAAGCCAAGAAUCCAGCAAAGGCCAAUUGAUCUGAGGUCAAGACGGGGGGAGGAGAACAACG